AUGGACUCCAGACUCCACUCUGAGGUCCCCGGGACGAAGAUUACACCUUCCUCGCCGACGCGCCCCGGCCCGCCCGACGCCUACGCUCACUCGGCCCAGUCGACCCCAGCCCGCGGAGGAAGGGAUGCCAGCAUUAGCCCCAGUGCAUCCAUGUCGAGCAUGAACAGCGGCUUAGCUUCAGCUCCAUGGGCGGGUGGUAGUGGCGGUGUCGCUAGCGGCGCGCUUGCUGGCGGCGCGGUCGGCGGUGCCGUGGGAGGCAUCAGCGGCCUUCCCGGCGACAGGCGGACUGUCGGCCACGGUGUGCCUCCUCCCCAAGGCCAGCCAGUCGACUCGACACGCCACUCGUACCAAGGCCACCCGUACCAGCAGCAGGACCAGGAGGUCUUGAGGGAUGGCUCGAUCCAGCCGGGAACGCGCACCAGUAGCAUUGGUGCUGUCGAGUCGCACAGCAGGAACAACUCGGCCGGUCAGCAGGACUACGGCUCGGCGUUCGGAGGCCGCGCAUAUGGCUCCAACUCGCCUGCCUCGGCGAGCACCGAGACCUUCGGCAUUCCCGGCGGCCUGGAGCGCAACGAGGGCGUUCCCGCGCACGCUUCCGGAACCGCGGCCAGCGCCCCGGUCACGACGCACGGCUCUGGCGGCGUCGUGUCGGCCGGCUCGAACCCGUUCGGCGUCGACCUUGUCAUUCCCUACGACAUUUCGGGCGAGAAGGGCGAUGAGGCUGAGAUCGAGCGUGGUUACCGCCGUCUCACCGACGCCCUGCAGAGUGCCGGACUUCGCAUCGCCUCGCGACCUGCCAAGGGCAAGGGCAAAGGGCAGGAGGAGGUUUGGGUUUUCGUUGGCGCGUCGGAUGGCAAGGUGAAGGAGCUCAUCGAGCGGGAGCAUGUUGUGGACGAGUCGCACGGUCUUAGAACUGCGGAAUCGAACCCGAACUUCCCGUCGGACCGCAUCCGUCUGCUCUACGACUUGCUGACGGCUUCGAAGCUCCAGCACGGUCUCGGCAUUACGCCCGGAGAAGGCGACUGGGCCCGCGUCAAGAGUAUCGCGGCUCUUCACGACGACGAGCGCGACAAGGCUUGGGUUGAACGAUGGGCUGUUGCCGACUGGAAGACUGGUCUGCUCCAGGGCCUCAGCCGCGAGGACGAGGCGGCUCUGAGCCGCGACCAACCCCCCGCGGUGCGCCUGUACUUCAAUUACCUCGUGUUCUACACGCUGUCGCUCGUUCCGAUCGCCGCCAUCUCGCUGCUAUUCUGGCUCUUUGCUCCCGCCGACUCGUAUCCGCCCGCGUACGCCUUUGCUCUCGCUCUCUACUCGACGACGUUUGUUGCCUGCUGGCGUAUUCGUGAGCGCAAGCUCGCUGUGCGCUGGGGCCUCCGUGGCGUUGAGCAGGUUAUUGGCCUGAUGCGCCCGCAGUACGUCUUAUCGCACCACCUCACGACGACGACCGAGUCCCACCGCCGUGCCGACGUGCGCCGCGACGGCAAGAUUGUCCUGUCUGUCCCGAUCAUCAUGGGUUGCGGUCUGCUGCUCGGCUGCGUGCUCAUGGCCAUCUUCUUCCUCGAGGCGUUCGUUGGACACCUUUGGGAUGGCUUUGGCAAGGAGGUUUUGCCGCUGCUCCCCACCGCGCUGUUCUCCCUUGUUGUGCCCCAGGUCGUUGCCCUGUUCACGGCGCUCGCGCGCCGCCUCGUACGCUGGGAGAACCACCCGACGUACACCAGCGCCAGCCGCAGUCUCACUGCCAAGACUUUCGCCCUCAACGCGACCGUCGCCUUCCUCGGUCUCUACCUCAGCGCGUACCUGUACCUGCCGUUCGGCCCGUACCUCAUGUCGUACAUCCACAACAUCCUGUCGCCUGACCAGGGUGAGGUCGUGAUCAAGAGCGACGGCGUGAACACCUCGAUCCGUACCCGCAACCACCCCGGCGCGCACCGCGACAAGAUCAACGCUUCGCGCCUUAAGUCGCAGGUGUUCGCCUACACUGUCACGAACCAGGUCAUCAACACUUUCCUCGAGGUCGGCCUCCCCUUCAUCUUGCGUUGGGUUAACGACCUGCGCAGCGGCAACAAGAGCGUCAAGGGCAUGUUCAACGGCAAGGAGGAGAAGAAGCGCGAGGCGACCGAGAGCACCGAGGACAAGUUCCUGGACAAAGUCGCCGCUGAGCUCGAGCUGCCCGAGUACAACAUCUUCACCGACUACGCCGAGAUGGUCACUCAGUUCGGCUACGUUGUCAUCUGGGCUAUCGUCUGGCCUCUUGCGCCCGUUUUCGCUCUCAUCAACAACUACUUCGAACUGCGUUCCGACGCUCUCAAGAUUUGCCAGCACGUUCGUCGCCCUGUCGGUCCUCGCGUUGAGUCGAUCGGCACCUGGCUCGACACGCUGAGCAUUAUUAGCUGGCUUGGCGCGUGGACCUCUGCCACUCUUAUUUACCUUUUCCGUCCCUCGGCUGACCGCGUCGUCUCGACCACGGCCAAGUACCUUGCGUCCUUCGAUGCCUUGCCGUCCUACAGCACUAUCUGGGGCACGCUUGUGCGUGUCGCUCUCGUUGCUCUCGCGGCCAGCCACGCGUGGUUCGUCUUGAACUCGCUCGUCACGAGCAUUUGUGAGAAGCUCUUCUGGCGCGGAAGCAAGGAGCAGCGUAUUGUUGAUGGCGCCGGCACCCUCAACGCAGAUAGGACCCAGCAGGUGCUCGCCAAGCUCGACAACUCGGCAGGCCCGGACCCGCUCGCGGGGCACGGGUUUUGGAACGGCGCUGCUGAGGGUGAGGCGGAGAUCGUCAAGGUGUUCAAGAAGGACCUUAUGCCGGAUGGUGUCUUAGUUAUGCAUGAACGUUACGAAAGCCAGAUUAACUCAACUCCAUUACCGACAUUGACCACACUCCUUUACGAUCUCUCUCAGCUCUCAGCAGUUCCCUGUAUCGGCUUCUCCCCUCUCGACCAACGGCUAGCGAACACACCCGAUCAGCGCAGCCAUGGCCGAGUCCACCCCCGCGAACAGCGCAGGCGGGAGCAAGCUCAAGAGGCUAAGCCUCGUCGCACGACACAGCCCGACGUCGGCCAGCUUCGAGGGGCAGACGACACCGACGAGGGCCCGCCGCCCAAUGAGCAUCGAGAGCUCCAGGGGCAGCAGCGACUCGAUGCCGACGCCGCCGAACGGCCCCAGCCCCCUGGAACAGAUCACGCCCCGGCUGAACCGACACCAGAACAAGCGCAGCAGUAUCUCGUACUCGCCGUCCAACUCUUUCUCGCCCACGGCGGCUGCUCGGAGCAGUCUGGAGCGGCUGGAGCGCAAUUCGCUCGAGAGGGCGGAUCGGCGGUCGUCCCUUGGUAUUCUGCUCGAGGGCGAACCGGCGCCAGGACCCGGGACGCCGAAUGGGUCAGCGCCGCUGACAUUGGCGGAGCGCGCCGUGUCGCCGAGCUCAGGUCAGCCUUAACGGCCGAGGAAAAGUCAUUAGCAACGCUGCGUCGGCAAUUCUCCUCCGCCGUCGCGGCCGAGCACGAGACGCCGCCUCGCCGUCUGAAGCCGCGCACGCCCUCGAUCUCCGAACCCCUCGCGCCUCUCCGCGCCCUCAGCCCCAGCUCCAACACCACCCCCUCCUCCCGCCCCUUGACUGCUCCGCGCACGUCAGGCGAGGGCCGGUCCCCCGACAAAGCAAAGGCGGAAGCUAAGGAGGGCCCGCUGGCCACACUCAAGGAGUCGCUGGGCAGCAGCAAUCCAGCGCAGGACACGAUCGGCGUCGGCGCGCUCUGGUCCGCGAUGGCGCAGGACGCGGAGGAGACGAUUCAGGAGGGCAAGCGCUUCUGGGGCCAGCUCAUGAAGAGCGUCACGGCGUCGCCGCAGGGCAACACUGGCAAGUCGCAGCGGCCAGAGAGCCACAUUGGUCUAACGGGCAUCAAGUCGAUGCUUCCCUCCCUCCCCUCUCUGCUGCCCGACGCCGCCCCGCCCAGCCGUCCGAAAGACGUGCGCCUGAAGCGUGCCUCGCUGACCCCGCUCUCGCCCAGUCCCAACCCGAAAGUGUCCCUCUCUGGAUCCUCCGGGAGCGAGAUCGGGCUCUCGCGCACGGCGAGCCGCAACUCCGCCAUCUCUAGCGCGAGUUCCCAAAAUCUCUCGGCACAGGGCAUGAGUCGGAGCGAAGGAAGAGGCGAGGGCAAGGAAGGGGAGGAGAAGGGGGACAAGAGACGGAGCGAGCCGCCGACGCCGAGCAGCCUCGCUGCCGUGCUCGGCAAUGUCAUGUGGUAG